UACAAUCACCACGAUCAGCUGUGAUCGUGAAUCGAACUGAACAGAUUUGUAGUCUGCAUUUGCAGAAAUACGUUUUGUUUUAAGAUUUAGUUUAGAAUAGACUAUUGUUAAAAUUCUAUUACGGAAAGUGCUGUGCUCUUUUUUAAGUAUUUUAGGAGUAUUCAUAAGAUAUUAAUAAUGGAUGCCGAUAAAUCUCUUCGUGUUUCGGCUUUCUUGAACAAGUUGAAAUCGUGGGUGAAAAUUUUCAGCAAUGUUUGAAAUGGACUCUGAAUACAAGGAUAUGAAAUCAGAUUCGGGAUGUGAUCCAGAGAAAGAGAGUGUCAUUCAGGAAGACAUUGAUGAUUAUGUGGAUACUUCGGGAGAUGAACCUGAUAAACCUCCUGAUUUGCGAGUUACCAACUGGGACGUUUGCGUUCUAUUGGUCUCCAUUUUCAGUUACAUAUUCGAUGUAGCUCUUGACAUUAACCUAGCUUACAGAUAUUUUAUGCAUCAACAACAUGUUUACUUCUAUCUGACUCUAGUGUUUAUCUUGUUUCCCGCUUUUGUCAACACUGGUCUGAGCAUAAAACUAGCAAUGCGAGAUCCAGAUGAAAUUUCAAGUUCCAAGAUGGCAUUCAACAAAUGGACAUUCCGUGUGAUUGUUCUGUGCUUUCAACUGGCACCAAUCAUGAGGUAUUGUGACUCUCUCGAUUGCGCUUUGAAGUCUAGACGAGCCGAACAACUGAAGGAUCGUACAAGUCAGCGAAAGUAUUACGACCUAAUGUUGAAAGAGGACUCUGAUGUGGCUCUAUUGCGGGUUUUCGAGUGCUUCCUUGAAGCAGCACCACAGCAGAUACUUCAAGUGGCUAUUGUAUUAGUGGACCGUGGAAAAGGCUCCACUUUCCAAUUGGUGCAUCAGUUUGGCUCGAUUUGUUCGUCACUCCUGAGUAUGGCCUGGUCAAUGGCAUCCUACCAGCGGUCUAUUCGCUUUGCACAAGAAGAAAAACGUAAUCUGACAUGGCCGGGAACAGCCAUGCAGUUUCUAUGGCAUUUCAUGGUCACAGUAUCACGUAUCCUGUCUAUCAGUGCCGUUGCGUCGGCGUUCCCCGUGUACACGGGUUGCGCAUGCGCAGUGCACUGGAUGCUGAUGACCAUGUGGCUGAGCAUCUGGGAUCGAUCGCAAAUCUCGCUGUUCACCACUUACUCCCCCUCAGACCGCAUCUCGCUGUCACAGCGCCUAAGCCAGCUUACCCUCUGUGCGGUACUGGGACUCGUCUACAUAUUCACCUAUCUCUGCAUGAGUGAUGGCAGCACCAGAAACAGAUACCUGGUGUACUACCCGGUGUGCUUCGUGGAGAACGCGGCAGCCAUCUUGAUCUGGUCGCUCACAGCAGACGAGCAUCUUCGUUCCUCGUGGUACUUCAUCCCUUUCAUCAUCAGCGGCAUAGUUCCCUUCCUAGUAGGCAUCGUCUUCAUGAUCAUCUACUACAAGUACUUCCACCCGGAGACGAGUCGCAAAAUCGGCACCACUGUAUCGAGCAAUUACAUGACCACCUGCUCGAAGGCAGCCUCCAGUGAUCCUCGUGCUACCACCACCUCCAUAGCUGUGCAAACCGUCGCAGACCCCCUAGACUCCAUCACGCCGGUUCUUUGAUGCAUAGCCGACCCCAACCAAUUCAUGUCGGACGACAGUAAUUACGACGAUAUGUAUGACAGUGAUUAUGUGAGGGAGUGCCAUCCUCACAGCCAGGAUGAGGACGAUGAAGAGGAUGACAUUGAUGACGACGAAAGCUAUAGUGGUCCUAUAUCCUAUGUAUAAUCACACUGUUCUUAGAUAUGUACAAUUGUUCCAUUAGGAAUUAGUAACACGAACAGCCUACAACAACAGUCUAUAUUAUUUUAAAAUUUGUUGUUCCUACAACAACACCAUGUAGUUCCUAGAACAUCAGUCUUUUUUAUUUCUCAUUUAUUUAUGUAACAAACAACACUGAUUUGAAAACAUUGGUACCUAGAUAAAAUAUUAAGGCAAUCCUUGUGUCUUGCAAUAUUCGAAAAGAUUUCCUGCAAUUUUAACAACAAGGGCUUAGGUAUAUUGUUUUAAGAGAUGUUCAAUUUUUCCUUAAUGAAGUAGUAAUAAAACAGUUUUUUUUUAAUCAUUUGUGGACCAACCCUUCACAUUUUGAAAAUAAAUAAAUUUUGAUUAGAACUUUGUUCUUUUAUAAGGAGAAAAAUUAUUAUAUUCUGUUAUUCACAAUUUGCACACAAUCAGUUCCUUUUAUUUUUGAAACAUCAGUUUUAAUUGUUCUGAUAACAAAUCGAACACUUUUUUAAACGUUCUUUAAACGUGUUGCUCUUUAUUCAAUAUUUAAUUGGUCUAUUUUUACUUAUUCAAUUUUAAAAAGUCUCUUAUUGUAACUAUUUCUAUUUGUCAGAAAAAAAACAAUUGAGCCUAAUCCAUUUGAGAUUAUGUCUGUCGAUGGCCUAUUGAUAAUGUUCAUUUAAUUCAAAUUGGCAAUAUAUUAAUCUAUUCCAUUUUCUAGUAAAGGUGUUGAUUUGGUACAUAUCAAUAUAGAAUAAAAAUACUUGAAACUGUCAAAACCACUAAAUUAUUAAAAUAACAAGAAUAAAGAGAAACUAGUUUCGCUUGUACACUAUGAUCAUGGUAAUUUCUAGUAUUCAAGCAAGUGUUUGUGAGAAUUUAAAGUAUUUUUAUUUCAUAUCAGUUGAUUUCAUUUAUAAAGAGGCCCCACAUGCUUUAUCAGAGUAGAAAAGUUGAGUUUGUCUUGAUUGCACUGCUUUAUUUUUGAAUGAAAUUGACAUUUUCAAAUGUGUUAUAUUAUUAGUGAGUACCUCUCAAAUAUCUACUAAAGUAGGCCUACAUAAUUAUAGUUUUAGUUAUAAACUGAUAGGUUCAAUUGAUUAUAAUAAUUUUCAUUCUGAGAAAUUACAAGUGCACUACUUUAUACAAUAAAGUUUAUACAUUUACUUAAUUUUUAAAAAAUUAUGAGAGAAGAACUGUAGAUAAUGCUAAUAUGUGAAUAUUUUUGAAAACUUUAUUGCUCACUCAUUUUCUUUACAAAGUUAUCCUUAGUUGAAUGUACGUUGAUAAACAACAGUUUAAAAUGUUUAAAAGUUUUUUUUUAAUAAAUCUUAUUCUACGUAUAGUGAUCCGCCAAAAUACCACAGCUGAACAUCACAACUACAUUAUUGAUAUUAUUACUCAUUGUUAUCGGUCCAUGUUCAAUAAAUAGUUGUAUUUAUUUUAUUUUUGAAAAUUGAUCGAUUUGUAAAUUAAAUUAGUCUUACUUUAAAUUUCAGUAGCCUAACAAGACGUACUUGAUAUAUUCUGUUUUAUUAGCCGCAUGACGAGAUGGCCCCUGGCUGCCAUUCAAAUAAUGACAACUGGGAAGGGUCAAAUCAUCUGCUACUUGUAUGUUGAGUGUAUAAGUUAUGUAUAAAAACACGAUUAUUGUAUUGUAUUUUCUACUGAGAUAGUUUUAUUCACACAAAACUUAAGUUUCAAUGUUCACAUCAUCGUAUCUGUAAGUUCAUGAUUUUAUUUUUAUUUCCCUGCAUUACUAUUAUUAUUCUGGUAUUGCACUGUCAUAUAGGUUUUAAAAAUUAUCGAUAUAUGUAUACCAUGUGAAAUAACGAAAAGUAUUAAUAAAUUGUUAUCGAAAGUGCUUCUUAAAUAAUAAUUCGAGGGUAUGACAGAAAUAAUUUCUAAAUGAUGUUUUACAUGAAUUAUUAUGGACAGUGAGAUUUUAAUAGUGCAAUGUGUUACUUCAAUAUGUGAUUGGAGAGUUUAAGCAAUAUAAUAUACUGAUCACCUUAUUGGGACUUGAAUAGCCCCGCAUGCCUAGAUUGCAAUACUUUAUACUGCGAUAUUUAAUUAUUCUCAUUUAUUAAGUACAAAUUACGAAUCACCAAUUGAAUUAUAUGUACACCAAAGACACUGCACAUUCAUUGUGAUGUGUAAUGUUUAUAUUAUGUAUUUUUAAUAAUAGAUUUUAAUACAGUUAGAAAUCAAUUUUAUGAUAUUCAGGCAUCGAUUAGUGUUCUGUUUUUAAAAUUGGAAGAUGUUCUAAGACAUGUGCUGUCUUAACUACAAUAUUCUAUGAUUUCAAUAUUGUUAAGAACUAGCAAUAUAAAUUAUUCUAAUAAUUGAAAUGCCAGACUCCAAUAUAUUUAGAAUAUUUAUCGUCUUCUUUGAUAAUACAUAUUUUACAAUGUUAAUAAACUGUUUUGAAAUUGUGUGUAUUUUAUCCUGAAGAUAACAACCUGUCAUUUAAUUUUUAAACUGUCAAUCUUAUAUUAUGCUAUUCAUAUUAGUCUUAUCAGUUUGUAAAUGUGCUCUCAAAACUCCUAGUAUGUUUUUCAAAUAUUGUGAGCCAAUUUGUAAUUUUAUUUUAACUCUUUGGCGAGUGUUCACAACCUUUUUUAUUUUUACAAUUAUUGUUUGAUCCAAUCUUAUUAAUUUUUUACAAUCUUUGAAAUCUCCUAAUCCAACUAAGAAUUAGACCUACUAGCACUAGUUUAUUUCUAUAACUUCCUUCAUUAAAUUUCAUAUUUUUUCUUCUUCAAUAGAGUGAUUUUUCAAACUUGUUUUAUUUUUCUAUUUUCCUCUUACUUUUUUAUUUGUGCAACGACAAUAUCCCAUUUCAAGUCCAUUUUUUCAAUUUCAAUGAAAUUCUAAUAUUAUUUUUUACAAUUGUUUUAUUGAACACCUUCAACCUUUUAAUUCGGAUUAAUGUCUUUCAGACUUGAUAAUUAAACAACCGCUUCCUUUGAAUAUUCAGCCAGCUUUUCCACUUCAUAAUCUAUAUCUAUAAUAAUUAUUCUUUGAAUGUAUAUCAAUGCUGUCUCAAUUCUUUAGUCGAAAUAAGACAAGUUGAGAAUUAGUCUCAACUUAUUUUAUUAAGAGUAAGUUAUAGUUAGACUUUUUUUCAUACACAACUAUUAUAAUUCUACUGAACAAGUAUGAAACAAGUCUACUUCCAUUGAAUAAUAUGAAUUGAAAUAAAAUUUGCUACUAUGAAUUCUAUGUAAAGUGUUGAACACAAAUCAAAUAACUUCAGAUGAUAAUUUCAUUUCACAUGAUUAUUAGUUGAAACGUAUUGUUGGAAACUCAUUUUCAUGAUAGAAUUUCGGUGAUCAAAUUCAAAUUUCAGUACCUACUCAUCUCAGAUUAUUCCGCUACUUUCUGUUUUUUCCAACAACUAUUAAAUGCUUAUUUUAUUGUUUAUGUUUUGUAUUUUACUGAUUUGAUGUUCUUGGUAUAAAAAUUGCGUCCCUUGUUCAGUAAUCUUUUUGUUCUGUACGGUAAUCUGUUCAGUAGAGUUUCUGAUUAAUUUAUUUCUAUUUUGCUCAGUUGUUUUUCAUACCUUCCUCCCGUUUAGAAAGCUUUCUGUUUGCCAAAAAUUAUACUAACGGUGCUUCCAAUAUUAUUGUAUUGAUGAAGAAGUAUUAUUAUAACUUUUUAUUGAAAUUUCGACCCUCAUUUCCUUAUUCGUUCUACUUAUUUUCUCUUAUAGGAUAGAUAACGUUAUUCUAAAUUUCACAGUUUCGCAGACUACUAUUGUAGCCGAAGCAACGCCAAAGUAGAGUUAGUAACACAGCAAUUAUAGUGAGAAUAAUUUAUUCUGAGCUCUGCAAUGUUAACUACUUGAAAUAUUUUUCCAUGCUAAUGUCCUUGAUUAUAUACUUUUUGCUAAGCUCAAUAUAUAAAUUAGAUGAUUUGUGAUGUAAUUUGUAGAUGACAAUUACUUAUUUGGUACCAUUUGAAGUGCUUGAAAUUACACUAAAUUUUGUACUUAAUUAUUGAAUAGUGUUACAUGUAGUUGGAAUGUAGUGAAGGUUUUUGAAGUUCAAGUAGAAAAUUAUUAUUAUUAUUGGAGUGCAAUAUCACAUAUUCUAAAUAAUAAUUGUAAACGCUUAGGCCCUGGGCUGAAUCUGCUGCAAGUUAUUGCAAUAAUUUAUGAAUGUCUUAGCAUAUAAUAAUAAUAAAUAUUAUUCUAAAUAUUUGAAUUUGAACAAAUUGUAUUUGUUUUCAAAUUAAAAAGUUAUUAUUUGCGUUCA